AUGUCACUGGGGCGAGUAUCCACUCUUUCCUUUCCUUCUUCUUCUCUUCUAUUUUCUUCACCUCUUACUAUUCUUCUUUUCCGUCUCUUGUUAUUGACUUUUUCUUCUUCAUUUUUUUUCUCCUUCUCUUCAUAUUCUUUUUUCUACAUUCUUUCUUGUUUUUUCAUGUGCCCCCUACUCUUUGAUCCAAUUCCCUUAAAAUAUAUUUUUAUUCGUUUCUUUUUCUUUCUCAAUAUCUCCUUCCUGGUGUAUUUUCUUCUCGUUUCUCACUUGUUUUUUUUCUUCUUCGGAGAAUUUUUUUUCAUCUUCGCGUCUUCAUUUUUUUUUCAUUCAAUAUUAAUUCUGAUUUGCAUCAUUAUAUUAUUCUUAUUCGUUUUCUUCUCUUUGUUCUCUCUCUCCUUUUCUCAUAUCCCUCUUUCUUUUAACCUGUUCUUAAACUACCCCAACUGUCCUUAUAUUUUCUAUUUCUUUCACCCACCUUUGUUCAUCUCUUCUCAAUCGAUUCUUUUCCGCAACAUUCUCUUCCUCCUCCUUUCAAUCAUUUCCCAGUUACAUUUACUUUUGUUCUUCUUAUCUUCGGAUCAUUUUUCUUCAUUUUUCACCUUCGUAAUUCUUCCUCUAAUCGUUUUCCCUUCCUUUCAUAUCUAUCUAUCUAUCUAUCUAUCUAUCUAUCUAUCUAUCGCAGGCUUUUCCUGUCUAUCUAUCGCAGUCUGUUCCUAUCUAUCUAUCUAUCGCAGUCUGUUCCUAUCUAUCUAUCUAUCUAUCUAUCUAUCUAUCUAUCUAUCUAUCUAUCUACGCAAUCUUUUCCUGUCUAUCUAUCGCAAUGUGUUCCUAUCUAUCUAUCUAUCUAUCUAUCUAUCUAUCUAUCUAUCUAUCUAUCUAUCUAUCUAUCUAUCGCAGUGUGUUCCUAUCUAUCUAUCUAUCUAUCUCAGUUCAUAUCUAUCUAUCUAA